AUGACUACAAUCGUCACUCCGAUGGAAAUUACUGACGACGAAGAUAUAUCAUCAUCCGAUACCGAUACUUGGAUCUAUAGUGACCAAGAAAGUGAAACAUCAGACCGUGAAAUAAAUGAGCAUAAUUGGCGAUACAACUUUCAAGAAACAAUAAAUGAUUUACAAGAAAAUAAAUUAGACGACGGUGCAAGAUCACUUCUUUUUGAUGUUCCCUAUCAAAUUCGAAUAAAACAACUUGGAGAUGCACCUUUUACAUUUCCAUUAUCGAAUGCUCUAUGUUCUCGUAUUAUUUGUGAACAUGGUGUACCAUUACCUCUGUCAAAUAAGUAUGAUUUUUGUGGAACAAAGAUUCUUAAUACAGCAUGGCAAAUAGAUUACAGUUCAAUCGAUUUUCCUCUUUCUUUUUCGGCUGCUAUUCGAGCAAGUACAUUCGAACAACUUCAUUUAAAUACAUCAGACAUAAAAACACAUUUCGAUUUAAAUCUACACAAACUUAUCAUGCUUGGUCCAUGUUCACAUACAAAAAUUUAUCAUUUUGAUGAUAAACUCUUUAUUUAUCAUGCUACUGUACUUGUUUUUCUACCUUCAAAUUAUACAGGCGGUAAUUAUCGAUUUAUAGAUGAUAAUGACGAUGAGGAGGAUGAUAAUGAUGAAAAGCGCAUUUACCGACAUGUUUUUAAUCAACACGAAUCAGUGAAUUCCAAACCUUCCGUUCUUGUUGUACCAUCUGAUUGUCAACAUGAAAUUGAACCCAUCGAAAAAGGAUUUCAACUUCUACUUGUUUAUCAUCUUGUUUCAAAAACAAAUUCAAUUCAUCAAUUCUAUUCACUUCUAUCGAAUGUAAAUUAUGAGUCUAUGAAUAUCGAACAUGUUUUUCUAACGCAACGUAUCAAACGGAUAUUUAAUUAUUGGGAAAAAAAUCUUGAUAAAAUGCCUAAUAAACUUCUAAUACCUCUUCAACAUCCAUUGGAUUAUUCUCCGUAUUUCUCGAUUCUAUUUCGUGAUAAAUAUCGAAUAAUACUUGAAUUGAUUAUGGCAGCAAUGAAAUAUUUAUCUUCAUUUUUAAUUUGUUCAGCUAUUUUUCAAUAUGAUCGAUCAUCCGUGAAUGCGGUCGAUUCAAGAUUUCUCAUUCGUGAUAUCAAAUUAUUAAGCAAGACCAAUAAAAUAACUCUCGAUUUGACUUCACAACAUGAACGUACAGUCAUUCCCAAUGAAUUUCUUGGUGAACUUCAUACAUAUGUUUAUGCCUUUGAACAUAAUGGUGGUAAACAGCAUGGCCUAAAUACAGACAAUUCAAUAUUUCGUAAUAAUACAAAAUAUCAUGUUCUUGUUGUAAUUCCUUACCAACGCCAAUGGGACUUAUUACUUGAUGAUCAUUCAUUUGCAUAUCAUCAUCUAUCUUAUAUGCUCUCUUUACCGAUAAAUACAUUAGAUAAUUUAUGUUUAAAUUUAUUUGAUUGUAUUCUUCAUGAUAAAACAACAAAGAAAUAUUCAUUCGAUCAAAUCAUUCGUUAUCUUAUUCUUCUUCGCCAUCGUUUUGGUUUAAUGCCAAAAAUGAUUCCAUCAAUCAAAACACUUUUUCAAAAUAAACAAUUUAAAGAUGAAUUAUUCUCAAACAAUAAUCUUCAUUUUUGGUUAAGUCGUUUAGCUGAAAGAUUUUAUGAUUGGCCAAUGUUUUCAAAAGAAUUUUUAGAUUUAUUUCGUAAAGUAAUUAUUUCAUCAAUGCCAACAAAGCUCAAUGAAAUUAUUCAAUUUUUGAUACAAUUUACAAAUAAAACAUUACGUGCCUUAUUGAUCAAUGCAUUAAUUCGAUUCAUAUUUAAACCGCAUGAGUUUUCAAGACACAUUCUAUUAUCAACACUUUGUUCUAUUUUUCAUCUAUUAACUAUUGAUCAAUCAUAUUCAGACGAUGCAUUAUCAAUUCUUGCUUAUAGUAUAAUAAAACGUGUUCGAAAAACUACAUCUGAACAUGAAAUUAUUCAGAAAUGCUUUAAAAUUCAUUUAGUACCAAUGCUUAUUAAUAUUUAUCGUGACAAACAAGAGAAAGCAAAUAAGAAUGACCCUAAAAAUGUAAUGUCACCUGCAUUUUUUCUGAUUUAUGAAUAUUGUUUAAAUACUCUUAACUAUUAUUGUUCGCCAAUAUCAUCCUCUUCGUCAUCAUCAUCUUUAACUAUGAUUUCAAUGAAUGAAGCAUUAUUAAUGUGUUCAUGUACAUUAUGCAGUCGAUUACAAAUGUUUUUAGGUGAUUCAAAAAGUUCAACAUUAAUAUUUGAUUUAUCAUCAACAUUAAUUCCUGAUCAUUGUCUUCGUCAUACAUUAAGUAAAUUUCCAAUGUUAUCCAUUGAAUAUAAACAUGAGCCAUGUACAGGUCGUGAACAAACUUUAAUUAUAUCAAAAUAUGCUUACGAACAAGAGCAAAAACAGUUAUGUUUUCAUCUUCGACGUUUAUUACUGAGAUUACAUAAAAUAUAA